UGGUAGCUAUCAAAAUUGCAUAAUUUGAAUCUGGAAUGAAAAACUAAAAUAAUGUUUAUAUAAUAAUAAAUGUUUAUACGAUUAAAAAAAUGCCCAGUACUUUUAGAAAGCGUUAUGAUACAAUCAGUAUGUUAUAUAUAUUUUUCAAUAAAUUUGUUGGUUAUAAAUGUCGAUCAUGUUUGCUUAUAAUUAUUAAUUAAUUAACAAGAAUUAGUUUGUUAAUCAAUAAAAAUGGAUUUUUUAUUGGGUGCUGCAGCUUCGAUGGGUGCUGCUUUAUUUAGUAAUCCCUUUGAAGUUGUUAAAACACGCAUGCAAUUACAAGGGGAAUUGCAAACAAGAGGCACACAUGCUAUAUAUUAUAAAAAUGUUUUUCAUGCAUUUUAUACUAUAGGAAAACAUGAUGGCUUAUUAGCAUUACAGAGUGGGUUAACGCCUUCUUUAUGUUUUCAAUUUUUUAUAAAUGGGAUCAGAUUGGGUGUUUUCCAAACUUGUGAAGAUAUAGGCUUAGUUUUAAAUUCAUCAGGAAAAUAUUCACAUUGGAGAGCUGUUUUAGCAGGUGCCGUUGGAGGAGGAAUUGGUUCGGCAAUUGCUAGUCCUUUUAGUCUGAUUAGAACACAAUUCCAAUCAAUGGCAGUAAAAGAAAUUGCAGUAGGAUAUCAGCAUCAACAUAAAAACUUAUUUAGUACAAUUAAGUAUAUAUACACAAAUGAAGGAAUCAGAGGGCUAUUUAGAGGGCUUCCAAUACAAGUACCAAGAGCUGCUAUCGGGUCAGGUGUGCAGCUUAUGACCUUUAGUAGGUGUAGAAAUUACUUCAUAGAAAAUCAGGUAUUCCCUGGAAUAACUUUAAAUACUUUAGUAGCAAGUUUUAUUGGUGGUACUGCCACUACAUUAACUACAUCACCCAUUGAUGUCAUGUCUACAAGAAUUUAUAAUCAAGGUGUUGAUAAACACGGAAAAGGUCUCAUGUACAAUGGUAUAUUUGAUUGUUUUAAUAAAACUAUGAGGAAAGAAGGCCUACAUGGUUUCUACAAAGGAUUUUGGCCAUCAUAUUUUCGAAUGAUUCCUCAUACAGUUUUAACACUUUUGUUUUGGGAUGAAUUAAAAUUGCUAUAUAAGAAUAAAUCGACUGAGCAUAUAUAAAACACGUUGUGUAGUUAAGA